AGAAGUGCGCGAUCGUAAGGAGAGGUGCGUUCGGCGCUCGAUCGCACGGCAGAAGUCCUCCGACUCGCGGAGGAACGCCGUGUCGGCGGCGCUCGUAGCAGACGACACUGUUAGUAAAAAUAAAGUGUCAUUGUAUAUUUGGAUCGGUUCUCUCUCGUGUGUGCGAGUGGGGUUCGAGAAAAAAGCACAGGAUUAUCAAAAGGGGGGCGAGUCUUCGGGACAUUGAAAAUUCGAUCAUAUAUUAACGUCGUCUUGUCUACGGUGGUAACAAAGUAGUAGUAAUAGCGGUGAGAGGGCAUUAUCGUGGUAACGUGUGCUUCCCUCUCCCAACGACAAUGAAGAAGAAUUGGUUCUCUACGAGAAAUUUUUAUUUUAUCGAGAAAGAGGACCGCGAAAACAUCGUUUUGUGGCAGUAAUUACGGUUGAAGCGAUAAGAAGAAAGAGAAGGAGAGAGAUAUAGAGAGAAAGAGAGAGAUAGAAAAGAGAAACAGGUAGAGGGGAAGAACGAAGAGAGAAAGAGAGAGAAGCCAAGAAAGGAAGGCGACAGCAAACGCUAUACGACGACGACGACGACGACGACGACGACUAGAGAGGGUAGAGGGAAAGAAAGAAAGAAAAGAAGAGAGAGAGAGAGACAGAGAGAGAGGGAGGGAGCGGGUGUAUAGAGGGCUGACGACACGGUGGGGUAGACGGCGGGUUAGGCGAUGAAGUAGGUGGCGGGACGAAGGGAGGGUUGAAGGAAAAGCUAGGAAGAGGUACCGCCGUCGUCCCCUUCCCCUUGUGCUCUAGCUGCACCCUUCGCUCGCACGCAAUCAUGGCUGCCUAGCACAGGGCAUCCUAAUCAUCUUGAAAAUUUAGUGCCGAGGAAUGUAGGCGACGAAAGUACGGAUCAAAACAAUAAUAUAACUAUGACGAGCGAGGAUUUAUUACAGCCUGGCCAUGUGGUCAAAGAACGAUGGAAAGUGGUUAAAAAAAUAGGGGGUGGCGGAUUUGGUGAAAUAUACGAAGGCCUAGAUUUAAUGUCAAAAGAGCAGGUUGCUCUUAAAGUGGAAUCCGCACGUCAGCCUAAACAGGUUCUUAAAAUGGAAGUUGCUGUAUUGAAAAAACUGCAGGGUAAAGAACAUGUUUGCAGAUUUAUAGGCUGUGGUCGUAACGAUCGAUUUAAUUACGUUGUAAUGCAAUUGCAAGGCAAAAAUUUAGCUGAAUUAAGACGAGCGCAGCCAAGAGGUGCUUUUUCAUUAUCAACUACUUUACGACUAGGUCUUCAAAUUCUGAAAGCAAUAGAAAGUAUACAUCAAGUAGGCUUUCUUCAUAGAGAUAUUAAACCUUCAAAUUUUUCUAUUGGACGCCAAUCAUACAAUGCUAGGUUGGUAUAUAUGUUAGAUUUUGGUCUAGCCCGCCAGUUUACAACGGGUACUGGUGAAGUUAGACCACCCCGUGCUGCUGCAGGGUUUAGAGGAACCGUCCGGUAUGCAUCUGUUAAUGCACAUAAGAACAAAGAAAUGGGACGACAUGACGAUUUGUGGUCUUUGUUUUACAUGCUUGUAGAAUUCGUUAAUGGUCAACUACCAUGGCGUAAAAUAAAAGACAAAGAACAAGUGGGUUUUAUGAAAGAAAAGUAUGACCACCGCUUACUUUUAAAGCAUCUCCCAUCUGACCUACGCUUGUUUUUGGAACAUAUUCAGAGUCUGGGAUAUGCAGAUGAACCAGAUUAUGCAAUGUUAGCUGGUUUGUUUGAACGAUGCAUGAAACGUAGAUGUGUGAAACCAAAUGAUCCUUAUGAUUGGGAAAGACCAUUGAUAGCUAAUGAAGGUUUAUCAACUACCAGAUCAUUACCUACAGUUACUGUUCCUCCUGCACUUACAACAGCAACUGCUAUUAAUCAGCCUCCAACCAUACCAACUGUAGAUACAAACAACCAAGAAAAUGUUGAACCAGACAACCGAAAAGAGUUAGAUGCACUGAUGGAUUAUGAAAGUGUAUGUAGAAGGAACAGACAACGUGAAGUUGAAAGUUCUCCAGUACCAUUUGCAUCAGCUAUUAGUAAUCAUGGUCGAGAUAAAAAUUGUAAUGCAACAAUACCUACAACAGAUAAUACUCAGCCUGGUACACAGAAUACUGCAAUUCUUCCUGUAGUUCAAGGUUCUCCGAAAAAAAGGCGUGCUUUAUCAAUGGCAGUAGAACCACAAACUCCUGCUACAACAGUAGAAAAGCAACUGGACAAUGAAGGUGAUGCAUUAAUGGCGUCUGCUUGUUCAGCUUCUGAAGUUCCUCGUUCUAAAGUAAUGUCAAAUGCAGUAACUCCAUUAAGAAAAUCUGCAAGUGGCGCAACGUUUGCCCGUUUGCGUGUUGCUACUGCUCCAGAAAAAACUUCUGGUGAACCACCAAGUCCACGUGUACAAACUGAAGUGGAUGCAUCUUACUGCUCAUAUGAUGUGACUAAUACAAAAUACAUAGGAAAUCAAAGUCCCCAGGUUACUGAACAGAGGGAACCAUUACGACGGGAACCAAGAAGAAGAACAGAUGGGCGACAGCAAGGAAGAGCAGGACGUGCUACUGUACGGGAUUGCUCCAUUACGCAGUUUGCGCAGAUAGAUGACGACAAUGUGUCAGCCUUACAACAAGUGACAAAAGGUGGUGGUGGAUUAACAUUAGCUUCACAAUGGAAAUCGCAAUUCGAUGAUUCUGAAGAAACAGAUAAUGAAUGGAAAGGUGAAAAUUUACAAAGUCCCGAACAUAAGGGUACGAAUCCACCAUCUUUGGUUCCACAGACAGCUGCUAAUGAAGCUAAUACUACAACAACUUCAAUACCAGUACCAGCUGAUACAAAAGCAGCAGGUCCACACCCAAGUAGUUCAUCAAAUACAGUACAACAGCAUGUGGUAGUACCAACAGCUUUAUCGCGUAUAAGUGAAGAUUCUCCACGUCCGGUAGUUCCACAUAGAUGUUUAAAUAUUGCUGGUAUAGAGAAAUAUCCAGAACUUCAAGGAGCCCUUCCACGUGCUUGGAGCGUUCCUACAUUAGCACCGCACGUUCGUAGCCAUCUUGAAGCUCCAUUGGUUCAACAAGCUGCAUUUGAUGACUUAUUUUACGAAGUAGAUGUUAUGAGAAACAUUGCUACAAGAUAUGAUGAGCCAAGACAAAAUCCACCACCAAGGAGAGCUAGUGUACCUGCUGUUGCUUUUUCACCUCAUAACACUGUGCCAAGCACUCCUGCUGGCGAUGAAGAAGAAGAAGCUGUAGCAGGAAAGCUUGAAAUUAGAGUAGUAGAUGCAACUGGAGGAGCUACAGUAAUACAAACAAGUGCAGAUAGGGAACCACUACAAAGAAAAUUAACGAAUGGUACUGCAGGUAGUCCAGCUAGCCCAAAUCCAGGGCCUGAAGAACCAUCAGUUUAUUACGAUGCAAAUGAAAGUCGGGUACCUAUUAACAAUAUUCAGAAUAAAGAGUCUGGUGCUACCACUGCCGUAACCACUGUUUCAAACUCAGUGCCAUUACUGCGUGAAUAUAAGGACAAUAAGGAGAAGGAAGCACCUUGCAGAACGUAUAGUAUUCACAGUAAAAUACCAAUACCAGUGAAGAGUCCUAAAUGUUCAUUAUCCGAAUCAACUCCUGAAACUAAUACACCAAAUACUAGGACUGGAACAGGAAGUGAAGUAGAAAAAUCACCAGCACCCGUGGUUGUAACUAAGGAAAGAGAAACUACUAUCAAAGGUAAACCCUUGACAGUACAUAUGGAGGCACCUGCACUUCGUCGUUGUGCUACUUUACCUGAUGCAAGACCAAAUAUGUCACCUUUAACAUCGGCUAGUUCGGCGGAAGAUGACAAUUUAACUGGUUGUACACCAGCAUUACGCCGUCGAAGACAAAGUGAAAAGUAUGUAACAGAUGCCAGUCAACUAAAUUUACGAUUUCAAAGACCACAACGUAGGAUGAGGCCAAAUUCUGAAGUAUUACCAAGAUGCUUCCCUAGAGGUGUACCUUCGCAUCUAUUAGGAGAAGGUGGUAAAAGAACAGAAGAAAGCAGUGAUAAUGAUUCUGAUAGCAGUGGUCCACAAAACGCUCAACCUCCACCGCCGCCAGCAACUCUUCCACCUCAUGUAGCGGAAAAUAAUGCUAGGUGUCGCAGAUUUAGACCUAUACCAGAUACUACGGUAGUUAGCAGAGAAUCGUGAGAAUUAGUGUUCAGAAUUUCCCAAGUCUUUGCUUAUAUUACAAUCAAGACAAUUCUACCACAGCCAACUGGGAGUGUGAUACUUUCUUGGAAGAAUACAGCCUUCAUAGUAAUCCGAGAUGCUCAUUAGAACUUAAAGACUUUGCUGAAAGGGAUGGAUAUUCAUUGUUAUUUUAUAAGAGAAGCACAGCACUAUAUUAUUUUGGUAUGUGAUCGCGUAAAAUAUUGUUUUAAAACCACAUUUUCAAUUAAAUUAUCGUUAUUUAUGACAUGAUACAUUUUUUUAAUUUUUAGGACGUAUAAUUUACAAAUUGCAGUAGGCUGAGCGUAAUUGUAAAUACUUCUAUUUUCGGUGUACAUUCAGUAUAAAAAAUCGAAAUACUCAAAUAACGAUCAUUAGAAAUUAUAUCUUUUUAAUCGUGAAAAUCUUUAAUAUAAUAUAACUUGGCAGUUAUAUUUUAUAUUAAAUCUAAUUUAUUUCAAUAAAUAGCUGUUUGGUGAUUCUAACUUUUUAUUUUUUCUGUGAAAAAAAAUAUUCGUAUAUUUAUUUAUUUAUUUUAUAUAAUUAAAAUUAUAUUAUUAAAUGAUAUUUAAUUUUGUCAGAAAUAUUGACAGAAUGUUUAAGAUAAUAUAUUUUAAAAACACUAUAAUAUACAAUACUGUUUGUGCACUGAAAAUUUAUUUUGAAGUUUAAAUUGCAUAAAAUAUGAUGUGUUAAAAUGUGUUUGAGGACUACAAAACAAUGCUUUGUUAUAACUUUGAUCAUGUAAUGCCCUUGGGUGUUAAAUUAUACAUGAUACAGAAUUACACAUAUACAUACAUCAUGCGCGCGCGCUCGCGUAUAUACAGAUGUAAAUUAUACUAAUAAUGCUAGAACUACAUAUGGAUUAUACUUAGCAAUUUUACAUACAAUGUAAAGCACUCAAACAAAAAGUUAUGCCUGAUGCUAAACACAAAUUCAUACAUAUAAUAGUUACAACUCUGAUCAGUAUAUCUUAUUUACAGUUUAAAUUGCAAAGGAAGCAAAUAUUUAUCUUAUAGAAGAUAAUUUUGAAGUAACCAUUAAUCCGGGCGAGUAUGCUAGUCUUUAAAAGCCCACUACAGGAAUCAACAGAAUGCAACAAUUUUUCAGUAACAUCAUCCAGAUUGUUUGUGUAUCACAUUAAUUAAUAAUUUAAACAUACUGGAUAUUUAGUAUAUCUAUUGGUAACAGACAUUAUGAUUGAUAUGGUUUUAAACUUUCUUUUUAUCACACUGUGCAAUACUAGAGUUGUUAAAAACUGUGAUCAUAAGUUGCAAGAAACUUAUCAAGUUGAUCACGAUCUCCAAUAUUGUUCCGUACAAGCGAAAAUAACAUGAAGUUGAAAUAAGCAAUGUUAGAUCAUCGGUUGUAAGCUGCAUUUUUUAUUUAGGGCUAUUAGAAUAUUAUAGCUUUAUUUUAAUAUUCUAUUAAUUUCAUAAUGAACUAUUUUUUUUCAUUUUACCAACUAAUUACAAAUAUACUAAAAAUAUCUAAUGGAUGUCCAAAUAACUUAUAAUUCAAGAUUUAGACAAUAUUUUGGGAAGUAGAAAGUACUUUUAUUGAAAAUUGAGUAACAUAUUUUAUUGAUAACUUUAUCUAAUUCUUUUAUUCAAAUAUUAUGCAGCUUUUCCUACGAAUAACCAAUAAUUCACAAGUGAUUAAAAUCUAGUGAUUCUUAAAACUAGUCAAAUAGAAUUCUAUAGUGCUGUAUUAUUAAAAUCAAUUUUUUGAGUAUAAAGUCAUUAUUUUGUACAAGAAAAGAUUUUGUGCAAUUUAUGAAAUUUUUCAAGCAGUAAUAUAAGAUAUAAUGAUUAGUUUUCAAAGUAAAAAAAAAAAAUUUAAUUAUUUAUUAACAAAAGAGACUAACAUUUUAUUUUUGGUUAAAAGUAAAAUGUUCUCGCAUAUUUUUAUUGAUCAAACAUUAAAAACAAAAUUAGGAUAAACCUGUAAGUAUAUAUUUGGACAAAUAUAUAUGAAAGGUGCCACACAAAGACAUAGCUAUAAAAGUAAAGAAUAUAAAUGCAAUUUACUAGUAAAAUACUAGUCAAUCGUCGAUUCUCUCUCUCUCUCUCUCUCUCUUUCUCUCUAUAUAUAUAUAUAUAUAUCUACAUUUUUAGAUAUAUUAAAUAUAAAUUGUUUUCAAAUGUGUUAGUUUGGUUUUCAAUUAUAAAAAAGUGAAAGUACUAGAUAUCUAUGGGUAUUCACUUGAAAUUUUAUAGAAUUGUGGAAAUAAAUAAAAUGUUUUUUUUUUUUUUAAUUGUGUAAAUAAAAUAAUGGGGUAUGUAUCUGUGUUUGAAGCUAUAAGGUAUAUAUCACAAAUGUACAAUGUACGGUAUGUAUGUACAUGCACAUACGUAUAUUGUUGUGUAAACCCAUAUAGUACAAAACGCUCUAUUAAAUAAAAAGGACUAUGAUUCAAAUUAAUUGUGAAUUUAGACUUCACUUUGUGAAACUGAUGCUGGAGUAUUCCGCAAUUUCGUAUGUUUAAGAAAAAUCAGAAAAUGUCAUAAUAAAUCAAUGAUUUAAUAAAUUA